AAGGUCAUCUUAAAAAAAGGUCUUCUGUUUUAAUAGUUACGAUGGUAAAUUUGUAACUGUAAUGGGGAGACUAAUAAAAAUUUAAGAUAAUAGUAUAAGAAAUUUAAAUAAUUUAGUCUUGACUCUUGACUAUAAAGUCGGUCAAUAAAAAUUAAGAGAGAGUUGCUUAUUUUAGGGUUUUCUUCCUUGACAACACAAAUCGUAUCGCCGACGUCUCUUCACCACUUUUCUACUUUUGAGAGUCGUCUGGAGAGAGAGAGAAAGUGUGUUGUGUUGUGACUAUAGGAAAAUUGGAUUGCUCGUUUCGUUAUUGAAUCUUGAGUUGAUUUAGAAAGAAAUGGGUAGUAAUGUGAAGAAAGCAAGGGUUUCAUGGCCAUCAGAUAGUAUGCUUUGUCAGAACAGGUAAAGAUGUUUCAAAAAGAAGAUUACCCCGCGAAAGUUGGAGCACAAACAUGUAGCAAAUCAAAAGCAUCGAAGGAUCUCCACCAUGGAACUGUUUAUUCAACGAGACCUCCUAACAUUCCACUCAUUACAUGGAAACCUCCACCAAAAUUUAUUCUCAGUGACCAUUGGCUUGUUGCAAGUGGUGAAGAGAGCACAGAAACGGGUUCUGAAAAUUUGAGGAUUGCAAAAGUCUUGGAAGCUUUCUAUCCACACCACUCUCUCAUCCCUCCUACUCGUCCUUCCAUCUCACCGGCGGCUGUACAAGUUGAUGACACCAUUACUCCUACCAUCCGUCUCACUCCCAUUGAGGAGGACGAAGACGAGCAACCUGAGUCUCCUGCUAUUCAAUCCUCCCAGAGUUCCAAAACUCCUCCAUCUCAAUUUGGACAUGGACCUGACAUGACCCUUGCUGCUCUGUUGAAUACCAAGGAACAGGGAAGUCCGGUCGAUGCUGAUUUACUUGUCAAGUUCCUCACUGACCCCAUUAUCAUCAACAACCUCUUGAAUGCUGCUGCUGCUAAACCACUACUUGAAACUGGGAAUAACAACAACACUACCAAACCACCUCCUCAACAUGUCACUACUUCCUCAGCCAACUCACCUCCUGGAAACGGUGUUACCCCUGUUUUGGCGGCUCACCUGGUUUUGAACACUUAUCCUUUGUCUUGUGCGCGCAAGCCAUUGCCAAGAGUUGAAGAAUCCUUGGAACCGAGCUCAGUUGUAGUCUCAGAACCCCAAAAUCAAUCAUCCCCCACUUCAGGCACUUGGAAUAUGAGUAGGGUCCUGGAAUCAGCUGGAACUGUAACAGAUACUCAAAGUGCUUACCAGAUGAACAUAACCCGUGAUGACUAUUUCAAAAACCUUAUCAGGGAACACGGGGGAGUUGUUGCUCCGGCGACUAACAAGUACAAAAGACGAGUUGCUAAUAAUAAUAAUAACAAUAACAAUGACGAGAAGAAAGCACUAGCAAAGGGAAAGGGUCAGAGACCAUGCAUGUUUUUUGGAAAAGGAAAAGGGUGUAAGCUUGGGGAGAGUUGCUUAUACCUUCACGACCCCUCCAAAAGGUUGUCGACUUAUGAUGUUGCUGGUGCUGCUGCUGCACCCAGAGCUAAGAGACUCAAGUUCAGAACUUGACCAAGUAGUAGGUACUGGUAAAUAGCUUCAUGCAAUAGCCAAGAUUAACAAGUGAUCCCAUGUUUGGUUACCUUUUUCUUUCGUUUCCACACAUUAAUAACGUUGACCAAAAUUCAACCCUACUAUUCUCUUCAGUAUAUU